CAUUCCAGUGCUCACCUCCUUUCUAUCAAUGUUUCUACCGUCCAAACACCAGGGGAGGGAAAAUGUAUCACACUCGCACGAUUGGUCUGUUGUGAAAGAUUGAAGGAUCACUCACCACUAAGUGUGCUCGAGCUCCUUUGUGUUACGUUGUAGUUUUUCACUCGGGUUUGCGAUUUUCCAUUUGAGGGUUUGUCUGGGACAACAUGGCCGCCGCAGCAGGUCGCUACUACAACGAGGGUGGCAGAGCAACGAAAAGACAGAAAACCGAAGACGGGAUGACGACGGAGGGCUAUGAUGACCCCCAUAAAACGCUCCCUUCCCCGGUGGUCCACAUCAGGGGCCUUGUUGAUGGCAUCAUGGAAGCAGAUCUAGUGGAAGCCCUGCAGGAGUUCGGGACCAUCAGUUAUGUGGUCAUGAUGCCCAAGAAGCGCCAGGCCCUGGUGGAGUACGAGGACUUGAAUGGAUCCUGCAAUGCUGUGACUUACGCAGCUGAGAACCAGGUCUACAUCGCUGGGCACCCCUCCUUCAUCAACUACUCCACCAGCCAGAAGAUCUCCCGGCCCGGAGACCCAGACGACUCACGCAGCGUCAAUAACGUGCUUCUGCUCACCAUCAUGAACCCUAUCUACCCCAUAACCUCGGAUGUGCUGUAUACCGUCUGUAACAACUGUGGGCCUGUGCAAAGGAUCGUCAUCUUCAGGAAGAAUGGAGUUCAGGCCAUGGUGGAAUUUGACUCUGUGCAAAGUGCCCAGAGGGCGAAAGCCUCUCUAAAUGGGGCAGACAUCUACUCUGGCUGCUGCACACUGAAGAUUGAGUACGCCAAGCCAACCCGCCUCAAUGUGUUCAAGAACGACCAGGACACCUGGGACUACACAAACCCCAACCUGAGUGGCCAAGAUGCUGACGCUGAAGGCAAUUGGAACAAUUCACAAGAUCCCAAUGCCAACCCCAACAAGCGUGUGAGACAGCCAGCUCUACUAGGAGACCAUCCUCCAGAGUAUGCCGGCCCAACCGGUGGUUAUCACGGCUACCAUGAUGAAAGCGGCUACGGACCUCCUCCACACUACGAGGGUGGUCGCCGCAUGGGGCCUCUGAUGGGAGGGCGUGGCCGCGGACGUGGUGGCAGUUACGGGGGACCUGGGUAUGGACAUGGCCCACCUCCCCCUGGUGACUACAGCGCCCACGCUGACUCCCCCGUUGUCAUGGUGUACGGCCUGGAGCCCGCAAAGAUCAACGCCGACAGGGUCUUCAACGUCUUCUGUCUCUACGGCAAUGUGGAGCGGGUGAAGUUCAUGAAGAGUAAGCCGGGGGCAGCCAUGGUGGAGAUGGGCGACUGCUACGCUGUGGACCGCGCCAUCAGCCACCUUAACAACAACUUCCUGUUUGAACAGAAGCUCAACGUCUGUGUGUCCAAGCAGCAGGCCAUCAUGCCUGGUCAGUCCUACGAGCUGGAGGAUGGCUCCAGCAGCUUCAAGGACUUCCAUGGCUCCCGCAACAACCGCUUCACCUCCCCGGAGCAGGCGGCCAAGAACCGCAUUCAGCACCCAAGCAACGUCCUGCACUUCUUCAACGGGCAGCCCGACAUCUCCGUGGAGGUCUUCAACGGGGUCUGUGAGGAACUUGGUGUGAAGAACCCAUCUAACAUCAAACUCUUCACUGGAAAGAGUGGCGCGACAGGUGAGCGGAGCUCAUCCGGGCUGCUGGAGUGGGAAUCUAUAAACGACGCCAUGGAGGCUCUGGCCAUGAUGAACCACUACCAGAUGAAGAACCCCAGUAAGUACUCAGACUGCGAUAACAACACCACAGCUAAUGAUACCAACGGUGGUCCGUACCCCUACACACUGAAGCUGUGUUUCUCAACCGCACAGCAUGCCAACUAGGACAAACCCUGACCCACCCUGUUACCCCCCCCCCCCACUUAACUCUUAGCUCUGUGUCCAUGCAUAGUGUAUAUUGCAGUCACGUCUUCACUCCAAGUCCCCUCUAUGACCCAAUGAAUCGUAAACAAAAUGUAUGAGAUUGACCAGCGUUUUCCUUUAACUUAAGUGAUAAUAUUGAGGGCAAGAUUUUUUACCAGAGUGUGUAUUGUUUGAUUUUUAUUUUAAAACAUUUGAAUUUGUUCAGUACAUUAGACCUCAGAACAAAGAACCUUUUCCUAUUCUGAAACAAAUUAAAAUUCCAUGUUAACACUGCCUCUUUUUUUAAUAAAGUGAAUGGUGAACUAUA